UACUUUCUAAUUAUAAAUGCACCUCAAUACAUGUGUAACUGCAGAAAGGAACUUGCACAUGGUAUUAGGUAGAUGAUGUAAUAAAAAUCAGUAUUAUUGCUAAGAAAAUUAAUUUUUCAUUUUUUGAUUUAUAAUAUACAUAAAAUACAAAUAUUGCAAAAACUGAUAUAGUCCCUGAUAUAUAAUUAUCAGGUUUAAUGAUAUACCAAAGUUAUCACCAAUCAUUGUAGGCAUGACAGUGUUUGGAGGGGCAUUAUUCUUGGCAAAAGGAACAAUACGCGCUUCCGUGCAUCUCUUCGAGAGUACGUUGCAACGUGUUCUCCGGAAUCCAAUGUCAUUCUUUGACCAAACUCCAACUGGUCGAAUUCUUAAUCGACUCUCUAAAGAUACUGAUGUCAUUGAUAAUACGCUGCCAUCCAUACUGCGUUCUUGGAUUACUUGCCUCUUUGGGUUUAUAUCCACUUACGCAGUGGCUAUAUUUAAAAACAAAAAUUCUAAUCUCAUUCAUAUAUAAUUACUCAUUUUACAUUUAC